UCAGGACUAUCAGUCCAAAACAUAUAGGUGACAGUCGCAAAAGUCACUAAGUUGGGUAUAGCUCCCUUAAGCCAUGUGAUGAUAGGGCCACCGGGCUUUACAGAUAAGUGAACCUCUCACUAGCUUAAACAGGAUAGGUGCAUGGAACAUCGUUCCCUAGCCAUGUGACAAACGGUCACCUGGACCUUAGGCCCUGGCUCUGACUAACUAGUCUUAGACUAGUCAAGCGCUUAUAAGUUUCAUCGACCUUAGGGUCGGUCCAGAAUUAAUGCCUUAGAGUCAUUCAACGCUGAUAUCGAUUAGAUCUAAUCUUCAUUCGGCCCUGCGUUCAGGACUCUUAUGCCGGUUCUGACUCUUAGGUCAAUGUCCCUGACUAGUCAGUGCCAUAUACAAGUAAACAAUAUUCGCUAGCAUUUAAUAUGCAAUCCAUGUCCACAUUUAUCCACCAACAUGUCUUAAUAGCAAUCAUGCAUGUCACAUGCACAGGGUGCAAUUUUCUUACCUCAGGUUCGAGCGAGAAAUAUUAUAAGGUCGACCCCUGAGAACGAUCGAUCUUUUGGUUCCUUAGCGGUUACCUAAUCACAACCAAUUAUAACCUCCAUUAAUGAAAAUCAACAUGGAUAGGGUCUUAGCCUAAGCACCAUUCUCGGGAGCUCGAAACAUGCCCACACGGUGAGUAGAUUCGAUCCCGAGCCUUAAGGAUUGAAACCCCAAGUCAAAAACCCUUAAAAACACUCAAAACAUGACUUUGAAGGAACAGAGUAGCACUACAGCGCUGACCCCUAGCGCCUCAGCGCUAUUCUCAGAACCCCCAACACGCCCAAAUGCCCCCUGAGUAGCGCUGUAGCACCCUAAGGUGGGCGCUAUAGCGCUACCUCCAGACCAGGAACCCCUGAAACCUCCUUCUUCAUCUCCUUCGAUUCUAACCUGUUUCCAAUGCUUCCAAAUCCCAUUUUUGGUGCCAAAUGAACCCAAAAACCAUCCUGACAUACCCCAAACAUCACAACCAUAGGAACCCUAGCCAAAACUCCCAGCAAAACCAAGAUCUCAACCUAGAAAUCACAACCGUAAAACAGAAUUGAAACAGGGCAAACCAGGGAUUUCAAUGGUUAGAAACUUACCCAAAGCUCAGCUUAUGAUGCUCUUCAAUGGAGGAACACUCUCCCAAACUCCUAAGGCUCACUUCCCAGGCUUGAAUCCUCAAGAAUGGCUAAAAAAUCUCAAAGGAAAAUGAAGAAAAGGAUGGUAUAGGAAGGCUCUCCAAGUUGCUCUGUUUUUCUACCUCUUUCUCGGCUAAAAAAAGGUUAUAUCUAUCCUAUGGGUGAAAUGACCAUUUUACCCCUAGGUCAAUUAAUAGUUUCUAAUAGCUCCCAAGGGUAAAAUUGGUAUUUUCCACUUAUCUCGUUAAUCAUAACUAAUGCUCUCCAAUUCCCACUAUUCUCAAUACUCCCAAACACCAAUAAUUUAUAUCUCGUUACCCUUUAAUUCCCGGUAACGCUCUAAUCAUUAAAACCACCCCGAGACUCAUCCCGAGCCCCGAACUUAAACCUGUUGUGACUAGACCGCUAAUCAAUAUUCUAAGAUCGUCUCAUGCCGAAUAACUCGAACAAACCCACAUUAUAAUGUGGUCUCAACAACAUAUCACCGACAUGCAUACAAAUAUACAAUUAUACCCUCAACGGGCCAAAUUACCUUCACACCCCUGUAAUUAAAAUGUGGACUCACAUGCAUACAUUUAACAUCAUAUUAUAAUAUAAUUCACAUAUACAUGCAUAUUAUCAUUUAAUGGCAUAUUUAAGCAAGUAUGGCCCUCCCGACCUACUAAUCCCGCAAUUAAACCACAUCAGAGAAUUCAGGGCAUUACAGAAACGAUUUUGGGUGGAUUGGUAUUUAUGAGGUGGAUGUAUCCUUUUGAAAGGUACAUGAAAAAAUUGAAGAACUACGUGGGAAAUAAAGCUCAUCCUGAAGGGUCGAUAGCUGAAGGCUAUGUUGCUGAUGAGGCUUUGACAUUUUGUUCGAUGUAUUUCAAAGGGGUUGAAACAAAAUUUAACCGUCUUGAUCGCAAUGAAGAUGAGGUGUAUGUCCCACGACACUUUACUGUGUUUCAAUCUCAUUGUCGUCCCCUGACAAAGGGAACUCUCAAGCCUCUCGACCUUGCGACUCGUGAAAUGGCUGAAUUGUUCAUACUUGACAAUUCUCCCGAAAUUCAGGAUUACUUAGAGUAAGUUUAUUCCCUUUAAAGUGAAAUUUAUGUUCAUUCCAAAUUGUUUUAUCUAAUAUAGUCAAAGCAUUCAAAUUUACAGCGAACACCUAGUAGAGAUCAAACUGAAAUACCCAGAUGGUGAUCAUAAUUUUUUACACAAGAAAUUUUUUGGCCAGUGGUUUCAUAAGAAGGUAAAAUUGAGAUUAUUUUUAAUCCUUUAUUGUUGUAAUGAUAUUUUUAUCAUUCUAAUAUAAGUUUAUUAAUUUAUUUAGAUAUAUGACUUGCACAAACUUGGAUCUUUAGAGAAUGGUGAUGAGUUGCUAGCUUUAGUAUCUGGGUCAGAUCACUUGGCAACCUACUACGAAGGUUGUAUAGUCAACGAUGUUCGAUUUAUCGCUUACGACCGAGAUCAAAAGCGCACCACACAGAAUAGUGGAGUGUUUGUUGCGGGAACUGAAGGUUUUAACUAUUAUGGCACGCUUCAAGAAGUACUGGUGUUAUCUUUCACUGGUGCAUAUUCAGUUGCAUUGUUUAGGUGUAAAUGGUUUAACACUGAUCCAAGCAAGAAGAAAACAAUCACUGAAAAUAAUAUCACCAGUAUAAACGUCAGUAGCGAAUGGUACAAAGAUGAGCCUUAUAUACUUGCUAGCCAAGCUAAGCAAGUAUUCUAUCUCGAUGAUCUACUUAGAGGCCGACACUGGAAAAUUGUUGAGGAUGUCAAUCAUCGUCAAAUUUGGGACAUCGAGGACGAUGAAGCUGGUGCAGAUGUUGAUGUUGUACAUGACAGAAGCUCAUCAAAUUUUGUGUUGACCGUGGAUCUCAGUCAGUUGGUUAUGGAAUCUCAUGAACCUGCAACAUAUAUUGGCACUAUACAAAAUUCACCUGCUGAUCAAUUGGAUGAUAAUUUCAUAAAUGACGACUUAGGCGAAGAAGAAGUCGAUGAAGAAGAUGAAUUGCUAGUUGAUAUUUGUGAAGAUGAUGUUAAUCAUGUGUCUCCGAUUGAUGUUAAUUUAAUUAAUGAUGAAAGUGAUAGUGAUUAUUCUACAUAGUUUUUAUAUUUUUGUAAUAAAAACAAUCGUUUAAAAUAUAAUAUAUGAGACUUGUAAUCAUUUUGUUCAUUUACAUUGGUUAUAUUUGAUACUAACUAGUAAUUUUUGUUCCUAAGUACAAUGUCAGCAGAUAUAGCCACCUCUCACGACGGAGAUGGUGGAGGUCUAGACCCGCCAGAUCCUAGUAGAGUACCUUCUUCCUGCGAGUCAGUUGAAGUGUCGAGAAGAAAGGGUCGUGGCCUGGCUAAUAACAUACCACUUGAAAUUCGAAGGCGGAAUGCCGGGAAACCACUAGAUCUUCAGCUUGAUCCUAGGACGGACAAAGUGGUGGCUUGGAGGACCAAGUUUUUGUCCGCGAGAUAGGCCUCUAAGUCACCUUGUUGUUGCCAGGACAUUACUUGGAUUUUGCUGAUGUACCUCAACAAUUUAAAGAACAAGUCGUACAAAAGAUGAAGCAUUUUUAUAAUGUUGAUGGUCAUCCAGAACCCGAGAGAGUUAUGAAAACUAUCUACACAAAGAUGCGCAAAAGAUAUUCUGAGAGAAAGAACAUCAGACAUAAUCACUUCAAAAAAUAUUACUCUAAGCCGGAAGAUUUGGAGAGUGUUCUCAUUGCCCCACCUGAUCAUUGCACCAAGGAGAGUUGGAAAGAUAUUGUUCAGUUGUUUUUUAGCCCAAAAUUUAUUGCGCGAUCCAACCAAAACAAGAAAAACAGAAAAGAAAUGAAGUAUACAUCGACGCAAGGCACAAAAUCGAUGGCAGCUAAGCAUCACCAAUUUGAAAAAAUGACGGAAGAGCUUGAGAGGGCACGACUUCAAAGCCAGUCUCAAGGAUCGAAGAAGGGAUCUGAAACUGGAUUUGUUGCUGAUUCCUCGUCGAUCGAUCAGUACAAGAUUAUGAGUAAAGUACUUAGGGAGAGGUCUGACUUUCAAAGAGGAGUAGGUUACAGCAAAGGCAAAGGGAAAAAACCAGUUUCCAGCUCCACAAGUCAAAGUCAGUCACAGGCCCAACCUGCUCAUACACCUCAGGAAGACAUGGCUACUAUGACGGAAAUGAUGAAGUCAAUGCGUGAAGAGAUCCGGAUGUUGAAAUCUCAGCAAGGUCCAUCUGGUAAUCCUCAGCAUACCAGUACAGAAACUGAGUCGUGGUUUGAAAGUCUUCUGCAACGAUAUUUACCAUCACAACCUGAAGGUGGUAUAUCUUCUCAAAGUCCACCUCCUUGGUCGAUGCCACAACAACAACAACAUUUUUAUCCACCUCAACAGAAUUAUCCAAACAUGUAUGGACGCUCCUCCUAGUCCCCUCCUUUUUAUUACCACGACGUCCCUGCAGGAUCUCAAACGUCACAUCCUAGGCGUCGUGACUUUGGGGAUUCAUCGCAGCAGCAGCAUCCACAGCAGAUGUAUGGUCAAUUUGUGAGUUCGUUGCAGUAGUAGAGGUAUGGUCAGUUUAAGAGUUUAUUGCAUCAGUCUCCCUCGACGCGACCACAUACUCGACAAUUUGGAUCAUCUUCGCAGCAGCACUCUCCACAAGUUCCACAGUUUGCUUCACCACCAUUGUCGCGCCCUAAUAUUGGUGAUCAAGAUAUUGACCUUAAUAAAUAUUUUACACCUGGUUGGCCCGACCAAAACAAUAAUAAUUAGAUUACAUUUUUUAAUUAUAUUAAGACAAUUGAAAUUUUAUUAUGUUUAUUUUAUAAUUAGUUCAUAUGUA